AUGGACUGGACUACAGCUCAGACCUAUUGCAGGCAGCGCUAUGGGGAUUUGGCUACCAUCACUACUGAAGAGGAAAACCAGAGAGCUGUGACGAUUACAGGGCAAAACACUUCUAAAACUUGGAUUUGGCUGAACAGAACUGAACCACAUGGAAACAUCUGGCAGUGGUCUGGUGGAGAACAGUCGAAUUUCACAAACUGGUACCCUAGAGAGCCGAAUGAUCUGGGUCCAGGAGAGAAUUGUGUUGUUAUGAAUUCAUAUGGCUGGUAUGAUACUAGCUGUUAUAAAACGUUCCCUUCCAUUUGUUGUAGGAGGUUCGUGUUGGUGAAGCAGAAAAAAACAUGGGAUGAGGCUCUCAAGUACUGCAGGACGCACUACACUGACUUGACCUUUGUGGAUUCGGGAACACUGCUAGACCUGCUUAAAACAGAGACUCAACAAGCUCAAACAGCCAGUGUGUGGACAGGUCUGCGUUUCCUCGAUGGACAAUGGUUCUGGGUGAACGGGAUGCCGCUGGGGAGCCUGGUAUCACUGCCUUCAUGCCCAGUCCAACCCUAUCGCUGUGGUGCGUACAACUUCAACACGUACGUCUGGGAGAACAGACACUGCAACGAGAAGCUUAAUUUCCUCUGCUAUUAUUACUGAAGGUGAGCAAUAAACAUCCAGAACAUUAACCAGGAUCGUGUACGUUUUAAUAUUAAUGUCAUAAAGCAUGAUAGUUGCUAGAACUUUCAGUCCAGCACUAAAGACUUAACUGUAGAAGUGUGUAUCACGUUCAC